AAAAAUAAAUAAUGAGUAUGUUUAAUAAACUCCAAAAAAGAAACCCCACUUUUUUCUACAAGAAGUCUUUGGGCAGUGAGAUACUUGAUUUGUGAAGCAUCCACCAUGUGCACAUUCCUACUACCUCUUUGACCUCUUUAUUUUUGAUGUAUUUUAGGGUUUAUUUUUGGAAUCUUGUGGCAGAUAUAUAUACACACACAUAUGUUUAUUAUAUCUAUUUUAUGUCAGAACUAAAAAAGCAAUAAUUGCUGUGGAGUGGGUAGUUAGUAGUUUUUGUUUUUGUGAAGGGGUUGACCUAAAGUUAUUGUCUUUUUAGCUUUUCUUGUGGUUUUAACAAGUGGGUUAGACAUAAUCUAUGUUUUUGUAAUGUGGGUUUUGUUUUGAUUGAUUUGUGUCAAGAUUUGUGAAGUUGGGGUUUUGUAAUUUGAUAAAAAGUAGGGAUCUUGGAGUCUGGUUUGGGUUUUCUUGACUUUUUUAAAGUGCAUUUCUGAAAUUUUGGGGUUUAGCAUUUGAGUAGUAUAGAUGGCUUGUAUGAAGUUAGGAUCCAAAGCAGAUGCAUUUCAGAAACAAGGCCAAGCUUGGUUUUGCACAACUGGUCUCCCAAGUGAUAUUGUCGUUGAAGUAGAUGAUAUGUCUUUCCAUCUCCAUAAGUUCCCUUUGCUUUCAAGAAGUGGGGUUAUGGAAAGGUUGAUAGCGGAUACAUCUGAAAAGGGAGAUGGAAAUUGUACUAUAAGCCUUAAUGACAUUCCUGGUGGGGCCAAAACAUUUGAACUUGUUGCUAAAUUCUGUUACGGGGUAAAACACGAAAUCACUGCCUCUAAUGUCGUACACCUCAGGUGUGCAGCCGAGCAUCUCGAGAUGACCGAAGAAUAUGGCGAAGAUAACUUAAUUUCACAAACUGAAAUUUUUUUCAAUCAAGUAGUUCUCAGAAAUUGGAAAGAUUCUUUAAAAUCGCUCCAAACUUGUGAUGAUGUUCUCCCUCAUGCCGAAGAGCUGAACAUUACUAAACGUUGCAUAGACUCGUUGGCUGUAAAGGCAAGUACUGACCCAAAUUUGUUUGGUUGGCCUGUGAUUGAUCAUGGUGGGCCCAUGCAGAGCCCUGGUGGUAGCGUGUUGUGGAAUGGAAUAAGCACUGGGGCUCGGCCUAAAAAUGUGAGCUCGGAUUGGUGGUAUGACGACACUUCGUCUUUGAGUUUGCCUCUUUACAAAAGAUUGAUUUUGGCAAUGGAAGCACGUGGCAUUAAACAAGAAAUUAUCGCGGGCUCUGUUGAGUGUUAUGCAAAGAAAUACUUACCUGGGUUAAGUCGUAGGAAGAGCGGCCCGGCGGGCCCGGUUGAGCCACCUUCAGAAGAAGAUCAAAAAGUUUUACUUGAAGAAAUCGACCAUUUACUUCCGAUGCAGAAAGGGUUAGUCUCGACAAAGUUCCUAUUCGGUCUUUUACGAACUGCAUUGAUUUUACGGGCUAGCCCAUCUUGCAUAUCGAAUUUGGAAAAAAGAAUUGGGAUGCAGCUUGAUCAGGCGACACUUGAAGAUUUGCUAAUGCCAAACUUUUCCUAUUCAAUGGAAACCUUGUAUAACAUUGAGUGUGUGCAGCGGAUGCUAGAGCAUUUCAUGGCUAUCGAUCAGGCAACAGGUGGUGCUUCUCCUUGCUCUAUUGAGGACGAACAGUUGUUGGGCUCACCAUCUUUGACACCAGUCACCAUGGUGGCUAAGCUCAUUGAUGGUUACUUGGCGGAAGUUGCACCGGAUGUCAAUUUGAAGCUCCCAAAGUUUCAGGCUCUUGCUGCGACGGUCCCCGAGUAUGCGAGACCGUUGGAUGAUGGCCUGUAUCGUGCAAUCGACAUUUAUUUGAAGUCUCAUCCCUGGUUAGCAGAUUCUGAAAGAGAAAACCUAUGCAGGCUCAUGGACUGCCAGAAACUAUCGUUAGAAGCCUGCACACAUGCUGCACAGAACGAGAGACUGCCAUUAAGAAUCAUUGUCCAAGUUCUUUUCUUUGAGCAGUUACAGCUCAGGACCUCCAUAGCCGGCUGCUUCUUGGUGUCGGACAAUCUUGUAGACGGGUCAAGACAAUUAAGAAGUGGGUUGGCUGGGUCCCAAGAGGGCGGCUGGAACACCGCUGUUAGGGAGAAUCAAGUUCUGAAAGUGGGUAUGGAUAGCAUGAGGAUGAGGGUAUCUGAGCUCGAAAAAGAGUGUUCAAACAUGAAGCAGGAGAUUGAGAAACUGGGUCGGGUUAAAGGCACUAGCAGCGGUGGUGGCAAAGGCGGAGGCAGCACCUGGGGUAACAUGUCAAAGAAGUUUGGGUUCAAACUCAAGUCUCAAAUGUGUAGUGCACAGGAGGGGAGCGUCAAGCAAAAUAAUGCAAGUGGGAAACUAGAGAAGGGUAGAGACAAAGUGCAAAAGCACAAGAAAGAUCUUUCGUGGGAAGGUUAAAAUUGGAAAUCUGAUAUUAAAAUCUCAAAGAAUAUUUGUAUGGCUACUGUAGCAUAGAUGAACGCAUGCUUUGGAUCACUGUACUUCAAAAUUUACUGAUCUGGUCGUAGUUUCACUAUUUGUCGUCUCUUGCUAAUGUGACCAAAAAAAAGAUGAGUUGAUGAUCCGAUGGGUAAAUGUGUCAUGGAAUAUCGAUUUGUGGCUGGAACUUACGAUGGGUAGACAUAUGGUGACGAGAGUGUUUGGUGUUCUGUCCAAAUAAGUAAAUCUAAAUGGUACAGUGAUCAAAGUCGUUCUGUUGGUACAAUUGGCAAACAAAUAUCUUUUAGUUUCAACCUCUUUGUAUGUUUAUUGUUUAGCUCUAUAUAUCAAUUAGACUUGAAAUGGUCCAUAGUCAUUUGUAUGAAGACUCUAAUUUCGAGGGAGAAGGGUAUAUCGGUUUGGAUGUAUUGGAUAGUUUUAUUGUAAUGUGAAGUUAUAAUGUUUAGUAUUUAA